ACUACAGCCCCAGCCUUCCUCGCGCGUGCGACUGCCCACCAAAAGCGAAAGAGGAGGGAGUGUAGGUUCAGACUACACCUCCCAGCACACCCCGCGACACCUCGCCUUUCCUUUCAAAACGCGGAGGAAAAGAGGGACCGGGAGAAUGGAAGCCUCCUGGUGUCCGUUCUCAGAAAGGCGGGAAAGGCGAACUACACUUCCCGACGGCCAGCGCGCGUUUGCGCCUGCGCUCUGAUACCUGUCGCCAUCUUGCCCGUUCUGAGGCACAGCAAACAAACCCAAUUCCUGGUGUCCCCUAGUCUUGGCGGAGGAGCCUUUUAGAUGAGCCCCGAAAGGCCGGGCAGGGAAGACAAGCUCUUUGGGGCUACCAAAAAGAAGCAGCAAUGCCUGUUGUGUGGCCAACCCUUUUGGAUCUCAGCAGGGAUGAGUGCAAAAGGAUUCUUCGAAAAUUGGAAUUGGAGGCAUAUGCUGGAGUUAUUAGUGCACUUCGGGCACAGGGAGAUCUCACCAAGGAAAAGAAAGAUCUUCUUGGAGAACUCUCAAAAGUUCUUAGCAUCUCAACAGAGCGCCACCGUGCUGAAGUUCGGAGAGCAGUAAACGAUGAACGGUUAACAACAAUUGCACAUAAAAUGAAUUUAUCCUUAUAUUUGGGUGAAAGACCAAGUUACAGUAUGUCUGGACCUAAUAGCUCUUCAGAAUGGUCCAUUGAAGGUCGCCGAUUGGUGCCACUGAUGCCCCGACUGGUUCCCCAGACUGCCUUCACUGUUACAGCCAAUGCUGUUGCCAAUGCAGCUAUCCAGCACAAUGCAUCUCUUCCAGUGCCUGCAGAAACAGGAAGCAAGGAAGUAGUGGUUUGCUAUUCCUACACAAGUACCACGUCAACCCCAACCUCUACCCCUGUUCCAAGUGGCAGCAUAGCAACGGUUAAGUCUCCAAGACCUGCCAGCCCUGCCUCCAAUGUAGUUGUCUUGCCAAGUGGAAGUACUGUUUAUGUCAAAAGUGUUAGCUGCUCAGACGAAGAUGAAAAACCCAGAAAACGAAGGCGGACAAAUUCUUCAAGCUCCUCGCCUGUUGUUUUAAAGGAAGUUCCAAAGGCAGUUGUUCCGGUCUCAAAGACAAUCACUGUGCCUGUGAGUGGCAGUCCCAAGAUGAGCAACAUCAUGCAGAGCAUUGCCAACUCCUUACCACCUCACAUGUCUCCUGUGAAAAUAACCUUCACCAAACCAUCAACACAAACAACAAACACAACAACCCAGAAGGUUAUUAUAGUGACCACAUCACCAAGUUCAACGUUCGUGCCCAAUAUUCUCUCCAAAUCCCAUAACUAUGCAGCAGUCACUAAGCUUGUACCAACCUCAGUUAUUGCUUCUACAACCCAGAAGCCACCAGUAGUUAUCACUGCUUCACAGUCCUCUCUGGUUAGUAGUAGCAGCAGCAGCAGCUCUACACCUUCGCCUAUUCCCAGUACAGUUGCAGUAACAGCUGUGGUAUCUUCCACACCAUCUGUAGUCAUGUCAACAGUAGCACAAGGUGUAUCUACAUCAGCAAUCAAGAUGGCAUCAACCAGACUUCCUUCACCUAAAAGCUUAGUGGGUGCCCCAACUCAAAUUAUUGCACAGUUUCCUAAACAGCAUCAACAGUCUCCUAAGCAGCAGUUACAUCAAAUACAGCAGCAGACACAGCAGCAGGUAGCCCAGCCUUCUCCAGUGUCUCAUCAGCAACAACCUCAGCAGUCUCCUUUGCCACCUGGUAUUAAGCCUACCAUUCAAAUCAAACAGGAAUCAGGUGUUAAAAUCAUCACACAGCAAGUUCAACCAAGUAAAAUCUUACCCAAACCAGUGACAGCAACUCUUCCCACAAGUAGUAAUUCCCCUAUUAUGGUGGUUAGCAGUAAUGGCACAAUUAUGACAACGAAACUGGUAACCACUCCUACUGGCACACAGGCAACCUAUACUCGGCCAACAGUAAGUCCAUCAAUCGGUCGGAUGGCUGCAACCCCUGGAGCUGCAACCUAUGUGAAAACUACCAGUGGCAGCAUCAUUACAGUGGUACCCAAGUCAUUAGCUACCUUGGGGGGCAAGAUAAUUAGCAGUAAUAUAGUUUCUGGAACGACUACCAAAAUCACUACAAUCCCAAUGACUUCCAAACCCAAUGUGAUUGUUGUGCAAAAGACUACAGGAAAAGGAACCACCAUUCAAGGCCUCCCAGGCAAAAACGUUGUCACAACAUUGCUAAAUGCUGGAGGAGAAAAGACUAUUCAGACUGUGCCAACAGGAGCAAAACCAGCUAUCAUCACUGCUACAAGACCCAUCACCAAAAUGAUUGUAACACAGCCAAAAGGUAUAGGGUCCACAGUUCAACCAGCAGCCAAGAUCAUUCCAACAAAAAUUGUUUAUGGGCAGCAAGGGAAAACACAGGUUCUUAUUAAACCUAAACCAGUGACAUUUCAAGCAACAGUUGUUAGUGAGCAAACAAGGCAGCUGGUUACAGAAACUUUACAGCAAGCAUCCAGGGUAGCAGAGGCUGGUAAUUCAUCUGUUCAGGAAGGAAAAGAAGAACCACAGAGUUACACAGAUAGUAGUUCCUCUUCUGCAGAAUCCUCCCAAAGUUCCCAAGAUUCUCAGCCUGUAGUUCAUGUAAUUGCUUCUCGGCGUCAGGACUGGUCAGAACAUGAGAUUGCAAUGGAGACUAGCCCCACUAUAAUUUAUCAGGAUGUAUCCAGUGAGUCACAAUCAGCUACUUCAACAAUCAAAGCAUUAUUAGAACUCCAGCAGACAACAGUAAAAGAAAAAAUGGAAUCUAAGCCAAGACAACCUACUAUUGACUUGAGUCAAAUGGCAGUGCCUAUUCAGAUGACCCAGGAAAAGAGACAUUCUCCUGAGAGUCCAUCAAUUGCUGUGGUAGAGUCAGAACUAGUUGCUGAAUACAUCACUACUGUCAGCCAUCGCUCCCAGCCCCAGCAGCCCUCCCAGCCCCAGCGGACCUUGCUGCAGCAUGUGGCCCAGUCACAGACCGCAACCCAGACUUCAGUGGUGGUGAAGUCCAUCCCAGCAUCGUCCCCUGGAGCAAUCACCCACAUAAUGCAGCAGGCAUUAAGCAGUCACACUGCUUUUACCAAACACAGCGAGGAACUUGGAACAGAGGAGGGCGAGGUUGAAGAGAUGGACACUUUAGAUCCUCAGACCGGUCUGUUUUACCGAUCUGCCCUGACUCAGUCACAGUCAGCUAAACAACAGAAACUUAGCCAGCCCCAGCUGGAACAGACUCAGCUGCAAGUGAAAACUCUGCAGUGCUUCCAGACUAAACAGAAGCAGACCAUCCACCUGCAGGCAGACCAGCUCCAGCACAAACUCCCGCAAAUGCCCCAGCUUUCCAUCAGACAUCAAAAGCUCACCCCUCUCCAGCAAGAACAAGCACAGCCCAAGACAGAUGUACAGCACACACAGCAUCCCACGGUGGCCAAAGACAGGCAGCUUCCUACCUUAAUGGCACAGCCCCCGCAAACUGUAGUACAGGUGCUUGCAGUGAAAACCACGCAGCAGCUCCCUAAACUGCAGCAGGCUCCGAACCAACCAAAAAUCUACGUGCAACCCCAAACCCCCCAGAGCCAAAUGCCGCUCCCAGCCUCGUCAGAGAAACAGCCGGCAAGCCAGGUGGAGCAGCCAAUUAUAACCCAAGGAUCCUCUGUUACAAAGAUAACUUUUGAGGGGCGCCAGCCUCCUACAGUUACAAAGAUAACUGGUGGCAGUUCUAUGCCUAAGUUGACAUCACCAGUUACAAGCAUAUCUCCCAUUCAGGCCUCUGAGAAGACAGCAGUGUCAGAUAUUUUGAAAAUGUCUUUGAUGGAAGCUCAGAUUGAUACCAAUGUAGAGCACAUAGUAGUGGACCCCCCAAAGAAGGCUCUUGCCACUAGUAUGCUCACUGGUGAAGCAGGAUCAUUAUCCACCACUCAUGUGGUGGUAGCAGGGAUGGCGAAUUCCACACCCCAGCAACAAAAGUGUAGAGAGUCCUGUUCAAGUCCAUCUGCUGUUGGUCCUUCCCUAACAACAAGGAAAAUCGAUGCUCCAGGAGUGCCUACGGCAGGCCAGUUCAUGCGUAUUCAGAAUGUAGGCCAAAAGAAAGCUGAAGAGAGCCCAGCAGAAAUUAUCAUCCAGGCCAUACCCCAGUAUGCUAUUCCUUGUCAUUCCAGCUCCAAUGUGGUAGUAGAGCCCAGUGGGCUCCUUGAGCUAAACAACUUCACUAGUCAACAGUUGGAUGAUGAUGAGACGACAAUGGAGCAGGACAUAGACAGUAGCACAGAGGAUGGAACUGAGCCCAGUCCCUCUCAGAGUUCUGCUGAACGGUCCUAGUGUUUUGGACACAAGAGUGCACUUUAAAAACCUACUUGGUUACCAAGUGUCCAGGGAAGCCCAUGUAUUUUGAUGUCUGAAGAGAGCACUUUGCCCAUGCUUAUGCUGUGGACCCUGAAACAGCAGUGUUUCAACAAGAAUUGCUGCAGGAGCAGCAUUUUAAAGCAACUCACAGGGGAAUGUACUUUUUUUUAUAUAUUAAAAAAAAAAGGAAAAAAUAUAAGAUGCACAUCUAUAGUAGCAUAAGACCUGAUAUUCUUUCUCUGUUGGAUCAUGGCCAAUGGAAAAGUUUGUCUUGCAGUCAAAAGUUCCUUAGCUGGUUUCUACUAAGCAAAACACCACCAAAAAAGGAGAAUGUGAAAAGUUUGUAUUUUGAAACUGUGCGUCAGGAACAGUUUUUUUUAACUUCUUGUAUGUUUUUGCAAAUCCCUGAAAGUAUUGAAGUCAUUAACAUUUUACAUUUGCUCAAUUUAUAGUUUAUAAACAACUAGGGAAAAAAAAAACUGGCAUUAAAGAACCCUUGUUAGAUGGUGGAAAUCAGAUUCCUAACCAGUGGGAAGUGCUUUGGGGUGGCUUGUACAUUCUCACCAAUUGUAUGCUAAUUUAUUGUAUUGUUCCUUUGUGUUCUAGGCAUACUUACCUUCUAUUUAUUUAAAUGUAAACAUUUCAAAGCUGACCCAUAUUUCUUCUGACAAAUUUUCUAUAAACGAGGAUUCCCUAUCCUUCUUACCUCCUGCUUUCCUUCCCUCUUUUAAGAAAACUUGCAAGAAAGUGUUUCAUUGUAAAGCAGAGGAAAAGAAGCAUUUUCUGGCUCAAAGGAAAUGUUCACUUAUAUUCAGGAAAGCAAACUAUUCAUAUGAUGCUAUAUUAACCUUGAAAUUGCACAUUCAUGUUGGACUGAAACUGAAAAAAAAAAAACAUUUUUUGCAUACUUUUGUUUAACCCUUUCAAAAUGUAUGAACAGUUUAUUUACAGUUCUAAGUGUUAUGUUUUUAAGCAUUCUACCUUUUUAGGACACAGUUUGUUUAAGCAAUAUGUUUGGUCUUGUGGUCACUGUCACAAGUAGAAUGAUGGGUAAGAGGGUGGGAGGGCUAAGUGUUGGUCUUGACAAGUUGUGGCAAAGGAAAUUAUUCUUUUCAUUUAAAAAUGUAAAUAGAAAUGUUUUUUAACAGUUUUAUAGAGAUUUCACUAUAAAUAAGCAUUUUAAGACUGACAAAUGUUGAACUGUACAUACAUCUAUCAGCAUAACUGCCCAAUUUUUUGGUGCUGAAGUACUGUAAGUAGAAUUAAUCAACAGUCUCCUGAUUUUUGCAUCUGUAUCUGGGGGGGGGGAACUGUGAUAUUAUAGUUAAUAAAUCCCCAGAGUGACACUGAAGAGUUAAACAAGCAUUUAUAAGAUGCUGUGAUAUCUGGUAGUUGUUAUUAUUUCUAGGUGAUCACGACUGACCCGUAGAUGGAGCUGUUGGAUGCUAUUUUAUUGUAUAAAAAGAGACUUGGUGACUGUCUUUUAGUUAGUUUUUUUAACCUGUCAGGUUCAUAAACCUCUUUAACAGUCUGA